AUGUCACAGAAACAUAAACCCUUGGAGGAAGAUUUCAACUGGUGGAAGCCCUUACAGGGGGAAAAACAAAACUUCACUGUCUACAAUAAAACACUAGAACAUGUGUUUCAGACAAUAACACCCAUUGCAGAUGUUGAAGAACCUCGCCCUGAUCGCUGCAGGAGAUGUGCAGUGGUGGGGAAUUCUGGAAAUUUGAGAGGAUCCCAGUAUGGACCCCUGAUUGAUUUCCAUGAUAUUGUGUUAAGAGUCAACCGUGGGAUGACCAAAGGUUUUGAAAGAGAUGUUGGAACUAAAACAACUCAUCGUGUCAUGUAUCCAGAAAGUUCUACUAGAUUGGACAACAAAACUCAUCUUUUGUUUUUUCCAUUCAAAACACCUGACUUUUUGUGGCUUCUGAAGUCAUUAAUUCCAGGGGAAAACGGUGCUCCAAACUCUAACAAGAUAACUAACAAAGAUUUGGUGUCGAUCCUUCAUCCAGCUUUCAUGAAAUAUGUUCAUGAUGUCUGGCUGAGAAAGAAGGCUGCUUAUCCAUCCACUGGCUUCCUUGCUGUGGUUCUCAGCUUAUUAAUGUGUGAUGAGGUUAAUGUCUUUGGGUUUGGAGCAGACAGCGAGGGAAACUGGAGCCAUUACUUUGAAAUCCUUAAAAACAAACGGUUAAAAACAGGAGGCCACCCAGGAGAAGAAGAAUAUAAAAUGAUUGUUAAAUUACACAUGAAGAAGAAAAUAGUUUUUUUUAAAGGAUGGUAAUUUCCUUUACUUUUUCAUUCGUCUCCUCAUCAUUUUCAAGUCAUCGUCAGUGAUAACCAUAACUCCGUAAGAAUAAAUAAAUUUAGUUCUAAAAAAAAAAUCUGUGACCAGCAAAACCAAACAGCAAAAAACACAAUUACUGAAACUGACAUGCACGGUUUGGGAUUGUUAGUAAUGAAGACUCAGACCUCAAGAGAUA